CACUGGACAGGAUUGGAUUAACGAUUAACGGAUGAAAUGUUUAUGUAAACAGAUUUGGUCUGGGUUGYUCAAAGCUCGACUCCCGCUAGUAGUAGGUUAGGUAUUCAUUUUUCCAACAUUAAAUGCUGUCCGUUCCCUUUUGCUUUCARAAUGUUGSARGGAAUAGCAGCAGCUCUGGCCAUUUUGGCSUUGACKUACAUCGUCAUAAAUUACCUGUUCAAGCCAAAGGGCAUGCCACCUGGUCCUUUACCKCUGCCCAUUGUUGGAAACUUGCUCRCGCUUUUAUCGUCAGGCAAUGAUGUAUUAAAAAGGACRCACGUCAUUCUGUCUAAACUGRCAAAGARAUAUGGUGACGUAUUYAUCCUCGAGUUGCCUGGUUUACAGCGUGUAGUUGUCGUCAGYUCCAUAGCACAUGCUCGUGAAGCACUACUCACCAAGAAAGAUGACUUUGCUGGAAGACCUAAAACCUUCGUUUUUGAUUUUUUGACGAUGGGCUGCAAAGACAUCGCAUCUGGUGACUUUAAUGCAACUUUAGUUUUGCAGCGAAAGAUAGUUCAUUCUGCUAUUCGCAUGUACCAGCCUUUCCUUGAAGAGAAAAUUAUCUCAGAAGUGAACGAAAUGAUACGACGCAUUUCCCCAGGAAAACCAACAAACCCCAAGGAAGAUGUGGUGUUUGUAACGACCAAUGUUAUCUUUCAAAUAGCAGUUGGCCAGCGCUUUGAACAGAUUGAUGAUGAAUUUCUUGAAAAAUUAAAUCUCACCCGCAGAGUUGCUGGUUUAACAAGUCCUUUCAACAUCCUAAACAUCCUGCCAUUCUUGAUACAUUUCCCGAUUGGCCCAUCCACAGAGGUGAAAAAGGUUCGUGAUGAUCUUCAUCAGUAUUUAUUUGGCAAGUAUCACGAGCACAAAGACUCUUACCAAGAUGGUGUCAUACGGGACCUAACGGAUGCCCUCAUUAAGGCUCGCCACGACGCUGAACAAGAAGACAGCAGAACCUACCGCUUCAUCAAUGAAGAGCAUAUUGCGAUGACUGUGAUGGAUGUUUUUCUAGCAGGAUUAGAAACUACAGCCACGGCCCUUCUAUGGUUCAUGCUGUACAUGGUGAAACACCCAGAAGUGCAAUCCAAAAUACACGAAGAGCUUGAUAGCGUUCUUGGUCCAGACGCCUUACCUCUUUGGAAGAACCGAACGCAACUUCCCUAUCUGGUAGCAACUAUUGAUGAAACUCUCCGAAAAGCUUCCAUUUCACCUCUUCUUCUCCCACACAAAGCAACAAAAGAUUCGACUCUUGCAGGCUUCAACAUACCAAAGGGCACAUAUUUGAUGUUUAAUGCAUGGGCCAUGCAUCAAGAUAAACAAGAGUGGAUGGAUCCAGAUGAUUUCAAUCCAUCGAGGUUCAUCAAUGACAAUGGAAAARUUGACCAAAAUGCCGCUUCGAAGAGCUUUCUUCCCUUUGGAAUGGGGCGACGUGUGUGCGUCGGCGAAGCGCUGGCAAAGCAAGAGUUGUUUGUCAUUGCGUCGAGGCUGUUGCACGAGUUUACCUUGCACAAGGCACCCGGUCCAAUACCGCAAAUCACCGAUGAUUUGACGGGUGGCACACACCAGCCACCAUCUUAUGAAAUUUGUUUUAAGCCUCGACGACAGUAGCAUUACACUAAAAUCAUCGGAUCCAUACAUUUUGAAGGGGGAGGAGGCAUAUUCUGCUUCUCAUUGUGGUCUUUAGAAAUGGAGUCAAGUGAAGUUUUUUUCAAAAAUUGACGCGAGCGCGCUUCCUUUUCCCGCCUUCUCAAAAGUAGCCAAUCAGAAUCGCGAUGUACACGGACGGAYGGAAGGACAACCACAGGCAGCCCAAGCUAAGCAUUUAACUAGCAGAUUAUAUCAAUAUCUAUAAURCAUGUAAAUUGAAAUUUUUGAAAGAAAAAAUAAGUAAAAAACAUUUGUCUUACCUUA